GGAAGCGACAUGGACAUCGGAAUGGAUCGAAGCGGUGCGGAUGCCGGUGUUGCCACCAUUGGCUCACUGUUUCAGUACAUCGUCAACGAGAUGAAGAACUCGAACCCCCUGUGGGAAGACUUCAUUGCCAAAGCAACAAAGCUACAUGCAUGCUUAAGGGCUACAAUUCAAGCGUUUGGGGCCUAUUUGGAUGCAUUCCAAAAAAUUGCCGAUGCUGCCACCAACUCUCGAGGAGCCACCAAAGAAAUUGGAACGGCACUAACACGAGUCUGCCUCCGGCAUAAGGCGGUCGAGAGCCGGAUGAAAAACUUCACCACCGCCAUCAUGGAGUGUCUGGUGGUGCCGCUGCAGGAGAAACUGGAAGACUGGAAGAAACAAGUGACCAUUAUCGAUAAAGACCAUGCCAAAGAAUACAAGCGCUGCCGGGCGGAGCUGAAGAAGCGCUCGAGCGACACACUGCGGCUGCAGAAGAAAGCGAAGAAGGGUGCCGCCGACAACCUGCACGUACUGGUCGAAUCCUCGAUGCAGGACGUAACGUUGCGCCGCUGCGAGCUGGAGGAGGUCGAGCGAAAGUCACUGCGGGCGAUCAUGGUCGAGGAGCGGACGCGAUACUGCACCUUCGUCAACAUGCUACAGCCGGUGGUACACGAGGAGUGUGAGGUUAUGUCUGAGCUCGGUCACCUACAGGAAGCCAUGCAGCUGAUAGCGAUCGUCACGAAGGAUCCCGCCCAGCUUCCGCAAGCUUCGGAGGAGUUGAUCCUCGAGUCGAAGGCCAACAUUAGCCUGUACCCGGAUUCACCCGGCGGUUCCAACUCGCAGGGCGGCUGCUCCAACUCGCUCGGCUCGCGCAAGAGCUCCGUCUGCUCGAUCAGCUCGAUUAACAGUAGUAGCAGCGGAUCCCCGGGCCAUCAUCAGUUCCAGCGAUCGCUAUCACAGUACUCCCCGGCGAUACGUUUGAAACCAGGCGAAUCGAGCGAUAGCGGCUUUUGCUCGUCACCAGCUUUAACUUCACAGGCUUCCACCUUAGCUAGUCAAUCACAUGCGGUAUCAACGUGGCCACCACACACACAGGAUGCAACGUCAACAGUCGACCGUCCGCACACCAUUUCGUCCGCGUACGAGAAGGGCCAUCAGCGACCCGCCCUCACGGUGUACACCUUCCAAAGUCCGGAAACGAUCGCCGAAACGCAAAAAUCGCCAGCCAACGUGGCCUGUCGACCACCGCUUCCAGUGCGUUGUUCCUCGCUGGAGAGACCACUCUCAACGACUUCCGUGAAAAAUGCCAAUCCUAACGUGCCGCGUCAGUGUCCGUCUCCAAUUCCAGCGCACAUUACCAAAGAACACCCUCAACUCCAGCCCACCUACGUCAAUAUGACGGAAUUGGCUUCGAUGGCUGCUUCUAAAACCACUAACAACAGCAACAAUGUUAACAACAACAACAACAACAAUCACCACCAUACAGCGUCCAGUGGCAACAACGGCGUCGUCGGCGUUAGUAACAUACCCAACAGUGUUCAGCAAACGGUCACAUCAAGCUCCGCAACGUUGCAGUCCCAUUCGCACGUCCUGUUCCAGCAACCGAAUUCACCCGUGCUCUCGUCGGCCUCUUCACUCAUAUCGCCCGAUUCGAACGCGACGAACGCAAUCAGCUCACCGGACGUAUCGGCCUGCAGUACACAAACGCCCCAAAACACACCGCAGACCGGGUCACCCGGUACGCCCAACUACAGCAGUAUCGGUGGCGGCGCUAUCAAUCUCGGAUUCCGCAGCACUACGCCAUCGUCGACGGGCGGUGGCACGACGGCCGUUACACCAAGCGAAAGUAAUAUUGACACUUCCUCCAACCACACGAUCACGAUCGAUGACAACGAGGAGCAUUUUAACACGAGCACCUCCGCGUCCGCGAACAUAACAUCUGCCACCAUCAGCACUUCCGAUACUACCACCAUCACCACCACCACUACCACCGCAACUGGCUCUACUAACAAACCAUCUCCUCCGCACUGUUCCACCGCCGCCGCCGCCGCCGCCGCUAGCACGCCCAGCACCGCGGGCGGCGCUGGUGGUGGUACACCGGCGAAAAGCGUACUCGAUAAGGAUAAAGAUAUACUCAAACGUACCGGUUCAGUUCUAGAGAAAACGUCCAUGUUCGAGCAACAAAUCAACAACAAUCAGCUGCACCAACCGACUCAACAGCCGCCACAGCAACAGCAGCAGCAGCUGAGCGUACCGACAUCACCGGCCGCCCUGUCGACGCGCCACAACAACGACCCAAACGCACUAUUGUACGGACGACGGACGAACGAAGAAAUCUACAAAUCCGCCGGUCAAUUGCUGCUGGAUCGCGAUGCAGACUGCAUCGACAAGCAAACGAUCGAAGAACUAAACAAUCUGAUUGGUGAACUAGAUCUCUUUCAACGAGAGCACGAAAGCGCCCUGCUAGCUCAACAGCAGCAGCAACAACAACACCAACACCAGCACCAUCCGCAUCAUCCGCCACAGCUGCACGCUCGUCAUCGGUUUUCGAACGGGGUCGCUUCCGACGGGACAGCCGAUUCCGACACAAUCCUAGCGAAUGGCGUAAAUAACAAUCACCAUCAUCAUCACGGUGGUGGUUUAAUGGCGUCUAGGAACGAGGUAGGAUCCAAUAAUGGACUGCUGGAUGCCGAGGACGGUCUGCAGAUGCUGGACCAGCAGCCAGAGACCGGAACGGACCGGCUACCGUCAUCGAUCUCAUCCAGCAACAGCAAUCUGGACGAAUACCUAAGCAACCAUCAGGCGGGUUCGGUUGACGAGACGAACGGUUCGAUGACGAAUCUGGCGGCCAAGUACAGUAACCACAGCGUGGUGAGCGAUACAAACGAUUACCCAACUGUAGGCCAGUACCAUCGGACACCACACCACGGCCAUUCGAUGGCGCUAGGUUUGAGCGCAUCGACCGGAGGGUCCACCCAAGGACUGGAUGGUAUCGCAACCGGGUUCGAGAAUCCUUCCUUUAUGAUGGAAAAUUAUUACAGCCAAAACCGUAGCGAGGUGGUUGUGUUACGAUGCAAAGAUACAAGCCGUAACAGUCUAAAUAAUGCUCCGGAUGAUCUCCUCACCGGUAGUGGGCUAAUGCAACUCAACGGUACACCGAUUGACAAUUCGCAACACCCGCAGCAGCGGCUAAGUUCGUUCCGGGUAACCAAUUCAAGACCAGCAUCACCUGCCUCGAUGUCAUCGUUCUUUGGCAUUACCUCCCGCUCGCCAACACCGUCCCUUUCGUUACCCGUUACGGCAAAUUCGUCACCGCAACAUCUACACAAUGCCCACAACAACAGCGGUGGAGGUGACGUGAAUGAUCCGUCGUCGUCGGCGGGGUUCAAUUCCCAUCACCAUCCAGCAACCACCAGCUCUAGCCUCGCGUCGGCGGCAGCACCACCAUACGACGAUCGUAUCAAUCGCAAUAAACCCGCCAUCACCCCGAGACCUGCAUCGUUAUCUGGACCAACCCGGGUCACAAGACGGGCCUCGAUCAACACCGUGAAACCGCCACCGCCUGUCCGGCGCAGCUCAAGCGUAACGCCUAGUCCUAGCGUAGGAACUAAUUCCACUACCACUACAAAUCUUGCCCAGCAAAGCCUAGCUUACACCUCAUCAGAAAGUUUACCACCACCACCUGCUUAUCUGUUAGAUUCAGCCGCCGGAAGUUCACCCAGUAUUUCAGGAAAUGUUGCGGGCACGGUGAAAGCUCUGAAUGAGAUAAGGCACACGCCGGCCAGUCCGAGCGUGCUGCGAAGGGCUCAGCAGCAAAGCAAUCCACCCUCGAAUCAAGGAUCACCUACGCAAUACACCAAUCUGUAUGGUACUUUACCUUCCAAGCAUGGUCACGAUCACAGUACUAUCACAGCAUCACCAUCAUUAUCUUCGCCUGCCGCUGCUGCUGCGACUGUGCAGCAAACACACUAUCCUUCAUCUCAACUCCAUCACCCCAGUACACCAAACUCAUUCCAUGCAACUGAUAGUAACAAACCGCUAUCGAAUCGAUCUCCGAAAACGAAUCUCCACCAACAAGGAGGAAUAUACGCACAACCGAAACAACUCUCGACCAUGUCCAGCUUCCGUACCUCAAGUCCUGGUCCCCAAAAACCAAACAGUAGUUUCCUCGCACAACUAAAUGCCAAGAUUGCACCGAACAAAGCAUCUCAAUCACCGUCACCUGUGCCCUAUCAACAACACCAGCAACAGCAGGCCAACAACUACGGCUACACGACCGCUCCGUCCGGUAGUGAGCUGAUCUACCAACGAUCAACCCCGGUUGAUCCGCGAGCGUACAACAAUAAUCAGCAUUUGCAACAACAGCAGCAACAGCAAUACUACCACCAAACACAGCAACAGCCACAACAGCAACAACCUCCACCACAUCCACCACGCGAGGGUAAACAUUCAAUCUAUUCCACCUCUAAUCAAACCUCUUCGCAGCAACACUACCAGCAACAGCAGCAGUACUAUCAUAAUCAGUAUCCAUCGCAACAGCAGCAGACACAAACACACCAACAGCUGCAGUAUCAGCAACAACAAUCCUCGCCAUAUUACUACCAACAGCAGCAGCAGCACCACCAGCAACAAGCGCCUCACAAACAGCAACAGUAUGGUCAGGUUUUGCCCCCGGCUGGUGCUGCUGGUAGUAGUAGUACUAGUAAUAUUAAUAGUAGUAGCACGAUGGCCAGUGGAAGUGGUGCCGGCUACGCAACGCAAAACAUUUACGUCUCGACGAACCCGUUCGUCAGUUCCGUCCAAACGUCAUCGGCUGGUGGUGGUGGUGCUUCCGUCGGUAGCUAUUCACCUUCCUCCUUUGGUAAAGGCACGCGCCAUCACGAUGAUGGGCCGAGUGGUGGGGGCACUAGUGGCAGUAGUACCCCAAACCGGACAAAUCACCACAGCCGUAACAGUUCAGCCAACAAUAAUGGUGCCGCCGGAGGUGGUUCGGCCGCGCCCAGUGGAGCAGUAACGCACAACGUGCUGGCAAAAACUAGUGCCGGUUUUCUAGAGAAUCUAAACGCUCGUCUCGCAGAACAGCGACUAUCGGGCAAAGCGUUUGCUGUUCGGAAUCUUAUCAACAGCAAAGCUCUGCCCGAUCCCCGUGUCUGCCACGAAUCGCUAAUGGAUCAAAUCAAGCGUGGCGCCACGUUAAAACGCAACCGUACGAUCAACGAUCGUAGUGCACCGAAAAUACACUAGAUUUCUUCCGCACGCACG